GCUGUAGGAUCUCCGUUGUUCACGACUUGGUGUCGUGCACGUAAGUGAAAUAGUACAUUAAUCAACAGACGUGUUGGUGCUUCCUUGCAUCAAGAUGAGUACAGCUAAUUUGAUGGAUGAGGACAGCAUCAAUAUGCAGCAGGUUGACAUGGACUUGACUUCACCCCAGCAGACUGAGCUGCUGGCUGGUGCUGAGCCGCAGACCAUGAGAGUGUACCUCAGAGUCAGGCCCUUCUCCAAAGAGGAACUCUCUGACGGGGAGGAUCAGGGUUGUGUCGUGAUUGAAAACAACCAGACGGUGACACUGAAAGCACCAAAGGGUUCUGCCACCAUGAAGAGCAGUGAGAAGGGCAUCGGCAUGUCGCUCCACAAAUUCUCCUUCUCGCAGAUUUUUGGUCAAGAGAUGACCCAGUCGGAGCUUUUCGAGGACACUGUCAAAAGCCAAAUGUCUGAUUUCUUGGAUGGAAAGAAUGCGCUGAUAUUUAGCUAUGGUGUAACCAACGCAGGGAAAACCUACACAAUCCAAGGGACUCCAAAAGAGCCCGGCAUACUACCUCGUGUGCUGGACGCCACCUUCCACUACGUCGGGGGCCAUCUGUAUGAUGGGAUGGACCGGAAGCCCUACCUCAGGAAUGAUGCACAGUAUUUGGAUCUGGACCAAGUCAAGCAGGAGAGAAUUGCUAAAGCUGCCAUUUUUGCUUCAGUCAAAGAUGACUGUGAUCCUCUCCGAGCCAGUGGUGGUUUAGAGUCCUUGUCUUCUCCCUCCACCCGUUUCUCUUCCUCCCCUUUGUCCUACGCUCAGACCGUGUUUGCAAGCGACCCAACAGAAGCAGGCAGCAGCCAGUUUGCCUUAUGGGUUGCAUUCUUUGAAAUCUACAAUGAGUGUGUGUACGAUUUGCUUCAACCCCCUUUGUGCUCAAAGUCCAAGAGACGUGCUGCUCUUCGAGUGUGCGACGAUGGUGCUGGAAAUGCUUACGUUAAAGAUCUCAGGUGGAUUAACAUCCAGACCCUGGGUGAAGCCUCCAAACUGCUCCAGUUUGGAAACAGAAACCGAAGUGCUGCAGCCACAAAGAUGAACCAGUCGUCGAGCAGAAGCCACAGCAUAUUUACCAUGAAGUUACUGAAGAUCGAUGGCAGUAGAGUUGAAAGGAUCUCCGAGUUUUCUUUGUGUGACCUGGCCGGCUCAGAGCGAUGCAACAAAACCAAGACGUUCGGCGAGAGGCUGAGGGAGGCAGGGAACAUCAACACCUCCCUGCUCAUUCUGGGGAAGUGCAUCACUGCCCUCCGCAACAAUCAGACUGACCGAAUGAAGAGCAGCUACAUUCCCUUCAGAGAGAGUAAGUUGACUAAGCUCUUCCAGGCAGUUUUCUGUGGCAAAGGAAGAGCGUCGAUGAUCGUCAACAUCAACCAGUGUGCUUCCACCUACGAUGAGACUCUCCAUGUUAUGAAAUUCUCUGCUGUUGCUAAACAGGUGAUGCAGGUGAUCCCAGACAAGCCUCUGGAGUCUCUGGUUCCCUGUUUGGUCGGCCAUGACGGCAAGCCUCUGAGUAAUGGGGUGAUUGACAGCCAGCCCCUGGAGAGCUACCUGUCUGAGGAGGAGCUGCUGGAUGAGGAAGACGAGGCGAACAUGUCUUUGCUGCCACAGAAUGAGUUUGUGAAUAUGAUUGAAAGCCUGCGAACCAAACUCCUGGCUGAGCGAAGAAGAAACCUGGUUCAGGAGAUGGAGAUUCGGAAGGAAAUGGGAGAUGCCAUGUUACAACAGCUCAUGGAGAGUGAAGAGCUCCGCAUUCGACAGAUAGAGGAGCAGAAGGAGAGCUACCAAGAAAAGCUGGAGAACACUUUUGAGAUGUACAAGGAUGCUAUCAAAGAGCAUGCCUACCAGUGUGCUAUGAACAAUCUGGAGGAUGACUAUGUACCUCUUGAGGAGUUCAUUGCUGUACAGGAGAAAGUGGAGACCCUGGCGCGUAAAAUCUCAGAGUUGGACACGUUGACGUCCAGUACUGGACGGGGAUUGUGUGCCGUUCCAACACUGGACCAGUCGUGCCAGACUCAACCAUCCAAAGUGACAGAAGCAAGAGCGGAAGAUCGCUGCAAACUGCUGUACAAAGAAAAAUGUGCCAUAGAGAAGAUGUGCGAGGAUAAACAACAGUUGAUUUUGUCAUUAGAGAAGAGGCUGAUGGAGCUUAGUGAAACGCUUCAGAAGGUCGGAGAUGGCUUCCUGGAGAAAUCGGCUGAUGUGGAGGUUUUACAGAGGAAGGGUGACGAUCAGACAAAAUCUAUGGACGACAUCCUACAGCAGAACGUUGAAAAGGACCAGGAGAUUACCUCACUGAAGGCAGAACUUGCCACGCUCUCCCAGAAGUCUCCUGUGAAGCCCAAAUUCAAGCGAGGCUUGCUUGCCAACAUCAAGGAAGCGGUGACUUCUCCACGAAAGGGCACACCUGGGCGACCGCUCAGGAAAAUGUCCAAGACUGCACACCACUCAACAGAGAGGGAUUAAACAUGGACAGUUUUAGGGUACCUGGAAAUGAAACCGCAAGUGUGACCCAUUUAUUUUAUUCAGGUGUAGUGUC